UUUAUUGGUUGUUAUUUAAAUUUUGCUGAGUCUAAUAAGUUUGAUACCUUAAUCUUUAUAUUCUAGUCAUCGUCAUGGUUUGCACAAUUAUUUAAGUCCAAAAAACUUAACUUUUCCUAUUGAUAUUCAGUUGAGUUGAUCAUCGGCAAAAGAUAUCAAAACAAGAAAGUCAUUCGAUCAAUUAUGGACAAAGUCGGUGAAAAGGGAAGGAGGGGCUAUGCCAACUGCGAACAUCUUCGAAAGCUAAACCGUCUGCUAGUUAUAAUCAUAAUGACCCCGGCCAAGGGAAAUUACGUUCAUAAUCAUGCUAAUUCAAUCUGUUUACAAGCGGAAUUCGACUGAAAAUAAACACUGAUAUCAUGUUUUAUGCAAAGAUUUCCAUCAGUAGACCACGGCGUUGCUUUUAGUCUGACGUUACGUAAUAAAGUUGGACCUUCGAGAGUAACAGGACAGACAAACCAAGCCGGUAGCUAAAAUGUCAUUCCUUGCUUUGUGUGUGAUGCUCCUUUGCAGUUUUGACGCUGCUUUGAGUUCUCCGGAUGAGUGGCUCGCGCAACUGAGGUAUUUGCGAUCAACAAGUGAUUCCAAGUGUCACAGUUUUGCUGAUGGCCCAUUCAGUUUCUGCUCGAAAAGUGGUUACAAUACUACGUUCAAAUAUCCAGAACAUUUGACGGACUCAAAGCUAAAUAGGACUGCCAUUUCUAUUCAACGUGUGCUGUCAACAGUCGAUAGUUGUUCCUUAGAUGCCAAUGUGGGAGAGUCCUUAAUGUGCUCCUUCUUUAUCCCACACUGUUCGGGUGGAAAACGAAUUUAUCUUUGCAGGCGGGUCUGUGGAGAGUUUUUGAAGAAAUGCAUGCAUAAAGUUCCACCAAAUAUUGCAGAUUACGCCGUCGCUAUUUGCCAUACGCUCCCAGAGAAAAACAGUGACAAGGAAUGUUUUGAGCCGCCCAACUUCAUCACGAACGAUAGCGUCAAAGGACCCCUGGACCGAGGCUGUCAAGAACUGAUUCUUCCGGCAUGUAAGAAUCUGGGCGUGUCCAACCACACUCUCAUAUCAGUGGAACAACAGAAAAUGAUUUACACGAUGUUCUACUACAAAGACUAUCAAAACCAUAACGUGGAACAAGACUUCCCGCCACAAUUGCAAGAAAUGUUUAAAAAGUAUCCUAAGUGUCAGGAAAAUAUCAAAAAGCUCUUUUGUGGAGAGUAUUUCUCGCCAUGUUUCCCAGAGGAAGGGAAAGGAUUUUACUCUAUUUGUAAAUCGGUGUGCAGCCAAAUUCUCAGAGACUGUCCCAACUUUUUCAGAAAUGAUUCGCGGGACGCCGAGUUUUGUGCCAUAUUGGGAACAGAAAAUACAACUCAUGGAUAUUGCAAGCGUACGGAGUGGCCGACGCCAUUUAGCUGGGCACGUUAUGUUCCAGAUGAGGAAGGACAGUCCACGAAAGAAGCUCCAACCGAAAGCGCCAAGUCUAAAGGUCUCCAAACAUGGGUGAUCGUGGUGUGUGCGCUGGUGGCAUUUAUCGUUAUAGGAAUUAUUAUACUUGUAGCCUUAUGCAUAAAAUGGCGUCGUGCUCCCCUGACCUCAGGGUAUAAGAAACAAGAAAACGAUUUAACCACUCUGGAGAAUUCAGUUGACCUCUGAAUGCUGGCAUCACUUCAUGCAAUGCUGAGAGAACUCAGGAAUUAUUAGAACAAUUCUCACAAAUCUUACCAAGCACCUGUGUGUCCAAACAUGGAAAACCCUAAUUAAGGAGAAAUAAACACAUUUUAAUGAUUUUCAAACCUCGUUUAGCCAGCUGAUGUUUUAGCAGUGAAAUUGUAUUAAUCCGUCAAAUUAAAACAAUUUCCAGUUUUAAAAAGUAAUGAAAGUUUUGUAAAACUAAACGUAAUAAAAUUUAGCUGUUGUAA